AGGAACGUGCAAUUAAUCAUGUAGGCUAAUUGGGAAUCACGUGGACAUGGCCGAGAGGGUGGGGGGUUGGUUGGUGGUAGGAAGAAGAUGCUCGCUGGUCAUUUCUAUAUUGACCAAGAGUUAAAACUGACCAGGGGAGGAAUAAAGACGUGAUUCAACGCGGAGCGGGGCCCGAGACGUCCAGGCCAAAACACUGGGGGAAAAGGGACUGAUAUAGGCUAAAGACAAGCGGGACCGAACAUGGCAGAAGGAGUCUGCAAGACCGAAAAGGAUGAAAUACUGAGUACCGAGGAGGACUCUGAAUCUUUCCACGGUGUCGGCGUAUGUAAAUGGUUCAACGUGCGCAUGGGCUUUGGGUUCUUGUCCAUGACCAACCGAGACGGGGUCCCGCUCGAGGCUCCGGUCGAUGUGUUCGUCCAUCAGAGUAAGCUGCACAUGGAGGGCUUCCGCAGCCUGAAGGAGGGCGAGGCGGUCGAGUUCACGUUCAAGAAGUCAGCCAAAGGCCUGGAGUCCCAGAGAGUCACUGGGCCAGAGGGCACACAUUGUGUGGGCAGUGAGAGGAGACCCAAAGGCAAGAGCGUCCAGAAACGGCGCUCCAAAGGAGAUAGGUGAGUGCCUGCCUUGCAUGCACACUCUGUUUGUACAUCAAAUGGGGACAACGUAUAUACUCAAAUGUACACACUGAAACAGAAACUCAUUCCCGCAAACAUUCCAAAACCCUC